AAAUUAAUAGUGUCAAAACAAUAAAUUGAAGUAAGAAGUGACGUUUACAGAUUUUCAUGUUGGUUUACUAUUUUUGAGAAAAAUCCGCCACGCAGCAUGAGUGAUGCACCAGCUUCUGACGCAGAAUCCAAUAAACCCAGCCCUAGGGAUGAGGUUCACGUAGACAUGGACCGGCGUCCUUUCGGUGGUCUAGAGUUCCAAGUUUCUGAAGUGGUGGGACGGCUGGAAGCCGUAGUCAAUGCCCAGGAUGCUACAGAAGAGGAAAAGAAGUGUGAAUCGCGAAAAAUAAGCACCGGCUUCUUUGAGCCUCAAGAGUCUUCUAUGGACGAGAUAUUGAAGAUUUUAGAAGAACUAGUGUUGAAAACCGACCCUAAUGGUGAUAGUGUGGAGCCACCCUUGCUGCCUACAGAUGCAGUGACCCGUGCCGCCAUUCUAUCUCAUAGUAUCUCUGCUUUAUUUGGUCGUUUGGAAAGAACUCAUGCAGCGCGACUUGGAGCGACAAUUGCAUGUGAAACCACAAGAUGGAUGGCUCAUAUGUUUCGGUUAACAGAUUACAAUGCAUUUUAUCACCAAGAACACCUGGAAGGCCUGGUCCGUGUUACGAGAAUGUUGCUGCAUCACAGAUAUCCUCGGUACUUAGAAGAUGGUGCACUGGCAUUCACAAAUCGGCUUCCUUGCAUCUACAGCUGUGUGGCCAGUCCACUAGGUGUGGUGCAGCAUUUAUGUAGGCAGCUGAGUCUACCGUUGGCUUGUGUCAGACCUGUCCCAGUAAAUGCAUCAGGUCGUGGAAUGGAUGUAGAAGCUCUGGAGAGGUUAUGCGAGGAAGACGUAGCGGCGAAUCGAAUUCCCUUACUGGUGCUCGGUGAGGUCGGCGCGCCCCCUUUAGGUUGGAGUUCGCCGCUGGCAAGCCUGGGUGCUAUCUGCAAGACUAGGAACAUCCAUUUGCACGUGCGAGGCCACGCGUUAGCUCUCCCAGCUGUGUCUGGCAGAGAUCAGACUUUUAGUUUACCAGAUUCUCUGACAUUAACACCCGGGCCGUGGUUUGGAGUACCGGGCUUACCGACUGUCACAUUUUAUAAAAUUCCAGAACCCAUCAUAGCUAAUGAUCACUCCAAAGGUGUCAAUGCGGCGGGCAGCCGCGAGGGUGCGCUGGCGGCGCUGGCCGGGCUGGCGGGCGGCGGCGCGCGCCUGGCCGCGCUGCCGCUGUGGAGCUGCGCGCGCGCGGCCGGCGCCGCCCGCCUCGCGCGCCGCCUCGCCGCCGCGCUGCGGGCCGCCGGCGCCGCGCGUGCCGCCGUCGCCGCCGCGCGCCUGCGCCUGCUGAGCGACCCGCCCGGUGGCGACGAACCAGCUAACGUUGAUAUAGUCGAAGCAAUAAGUAAAGCAUCUGCGUGUGUGGCGUUCCAGUUCGCGCCGCCCGGCAUCGAGAAACCGCCGCCGUACUAUGACAAGCUCAACUCGUGGUUGGGACAAGUACUGCAACGGGAAGCGGAUAUGAUAAGUAUAGAAGUGUGCGAGACGGAGUCGUACGGCGUGGUGCUGCGCUACUGCCCGCUGGAGGGCGUGUGCGGCGAGGAGGUGGCGGGGGUGGCGGGGGUGGCGGGGGAGGCGGAGGAGGCGGCGGGCGGCGAGGAGGAGCGCGUGCGCGCGUGGGCGGCCGAGCUGGCCGCGCAGCUGCUCGUGCUGCGCGCCACCGUGGCGCUGCGAGACGCCUUCGCAGACCGCGUGCGCCAGAGGCCGCCGCUGCGGCUCGUGCACGUGCCCGGCUGGGCAGGUCUGGGUGGCGUGCGAUACGUGCCGGCUGGCUGGGAGGACGCGUCCGCGGAUGAGAUCAACUCCCUCAACCGGCAGCUAGUUGACACACUGCGGGCAACAGAUGGCGCCUUCUCCUGCGGCGACGGCGAGGAUGGGCUCGCUUGUGUGCGAUUCGGCAUGGUAACAGCGGACACAGAUGUGGAUGAACUCCUAGAGCUGGUAGAGAACGCGGGCAAGGAGGUGGAAGAAAGCUCCCGGGCGCUUACAAACAUGACUGAAGUUUUGAAAAAAGGCAUAGAGGAGGCGCAGGCGGACAUCGAGCGCGAGAACGCGGAGCGGCUGUGGCAGGAGGGCGUGCUGCGGCGCGUGCCGGUGGUGGGCCGCGUGGUGCAGUGGUGGGCGCCCGCCGCCCGACCCCCGCGCGGCCGCCGCCUGCACCUCGCGCUCGGCACGCUGCAGACCACCGACGACGUCUACCAAUUCGUUCAAAAGAAAAACACAGAAGAGUCGGAGGAACCUGCGCGUGCGCAUUCCCCGUCGCGGCAACCGCAACCGACCGAACAACAGUGAUAUCAAGCUUUGAAUGGAGAGGAGUAAUUAUAAAAUUUGGUUGGUGCCACGAUAAAAUUCUGUCCUAAGACAUAUGGAGAUAUAAUACAAUAUUAUAAAUAUAUGAUUACUAUUUAUUGCUACUAUGUAAGGGAGUUAGUAUUACUUAAGGUCUGUUUAUAUAGUGCAAGUUGCUAAUUUGACAGUUACUGUCUGCACCCAGUACUCGCAUGACAGUAGCUUGAUUCGCUUCACCCUCCACAUCAAGUGGUUUGCUGUAGCAAAAAAAUCUCCUCAUUCUUUAAAUUUAUCUUGAUUUUUUUUAUUUAAAAAAGAGAAUUGGCUAGUGCACAGCAAUAAACAUGUACAGAGUUCAUCCCUCUGUUGAGCGAUUUAGGAACUAAAAUUACUAUUAUGAGUUAGUUCUAUCUAUUGCCACUUGAUCGCUAGUAGCGCUAUAUGUCAGAAGAAUUUACAUCUAAACCUAUUCAGUGAUGAGGAAACAAUUAUGUUAUUUGAUACCAUUACAUUUUGCUUUGCUGCUGUAGAGUUGUUGAGUAUAGAAACUAGAAACAAAAAUGUAAUAAUAUAAUAAAUAUAUAAAAAAUAUUUUACUUACUUAUUUGCGAAUAGAUAGAUAGAUAGAUACUCUUCAUUGUUUCCUUCAUAAGAUAACAAUAGUAAACUUAUUAUAAAUACAAACAAUCACAAGAAAAAAAAUUACACCGAGAAAACAAUAGGCCUUAUUGCUAAGAGCGAUCUCUUCCAGGCAACCUUUAGUCUAUAAACGAAGUAUUUGCACUACAUUAACUGACUGAGCCAGCCCGAAUGCUAGCUUGCAUUAUAUAACCAGACUGUUCUACUGACAGCUUUCACCCAUACAUUAUACUUUUGUAAUAGUAAUAUUAUUAUUUUAAUUAAUAUAUAUUUAUUCUAAUUUCGUACACUUUAUUGUACAAGUGUGUGUAUAAUUUUUAAAUGCAGUUAUAAACGAUCUGUAAAUAAUUACAAACUAUUUAUUACGUAAUAAGUUUGAUAAGAAAAAUAAGAAGUUACUUGGCAAUUUUUUUUUUUGCUCCUAUCGAUAGACAGCCAUUUUUAAGGAAAAUAUGUUGCCAGUGUAUUAAAUAUUGACAUUAGACUUCGUAUUUUUACAUAGUUACAAUUUAUUUACAUAUAUGACGCCAAGUAAAUGUUACAAUAAAGUCAUAUAUGUGUUUUAAGUAUUACAUCAAAUUAAAAUAAUAUUUUGUUACUACAAAAUAGAUUGAAUAUUUUCAAUCACUGUUUGCACCAUUUUAUAAAGAAUCAUCGUGACCCAAAACUUAUAAAUACGUACUUAUUUUUCGGAUUAAACUAAUAAAGCAGCAUCCACACUUGUGUAUUCUGUAAUGUAAUGUAUCGUGUAAUGUAACAAAAAUAGUGUGGUGACGGCAAAAGUCUUUGUGUUCUCUUAAUAAUCGAUACUCGACGCAACAGCGUGAGCUAUAGGGUGUGUAUUCACCAGGAGCAUUUGUAUUUAAUAUUACAGCUCAGAAUGGAGCAUUACAUCAGUAAUGUGAUAUGUAAUAUUACGAAAAUAUGGCUCUUUAAUGAGUAAUUUUUUUCUUACGAUAAUGAAAAUGUUUCUAAUCAAUACUAUCACUUGUUAUAUAGUGCUCAUAGAGCUAACCAUAGAGCUAUAAUCACAUUACGUUACAUUACAUGAUCCUUGUUACAUUUUGAUGCGGCUUAACUUAUAUUUGUAGCUUUUGUAUUACAAUUAGAGCGUAGUUAAUGAAAUGUAUUCUAAAUACGUUAAAACGGUCCAGUAGCGUUCGUAUAGUUUAUUAGAAUAGAAUUUAAAAUAAAUAUUUGCAAUAUGGCAAUAAACCUAAGAAUUGUGUUUAGGUUAACUAAUUAUUAAACAUUAUUUUAAUUUUAAAUGUCUUUAUUGUAAACAUUUAAUAUUAUUCCGAGUAAAUUAUAACCAUACUAUUGGUCAAUCAGGUUACCAAGUAAUACACUAAUUUAAAAAGUUUUUUUUUUUUUUUAAAUAAGUAGUUUUAAUGCAUCAGUUUAGCAAACAUACUUUUAUUAAUAAGAUUAUUUUGUAAAAGAGACCGGCUUUGAUACUAGUUUGCGUUUUUAAAAAGCUAUAGUAAUAUAUAAAAAAAAAAUAAGUAAUGUAAAUUAAUUUCACCAUAAAGCUAUAUUCUUAUUUCACAUUUAAAAUAUUUGUAUGUAAUUAACGUGAAUAUUCGCUGAUGUAUUAGACACUUGCACAUGAUUAUUCCGUCAGUUGUUCUCGAAGUUGAAACUCCAAUCGUAUCUUUGGUCAGCAUCGCAAAGUGCUUCGUAAUUCGAAAUCUUAUUUGUAAUAUUACAUAACGAUGUGUUUUCAGUCAAUACCCACCUUUAUAGUUAUUCUAGGAGAUAUAAAUGGUAAUAUUCGACUUGUUUAAAAGUAAAACACAUUGGUUUUUAGGAACUUUUUUAAAGACCAUAGACAAUUUACUCUCAUACUACAAAUGAAGGUUUGAUAGUCACGAGCUUAGAUAAAGAACUAUAAAUAUAUUGAAUGAGUAUUUUAUUAUUAAGCCUAUUAACGGUCAUGUCGAAUUUUGCGUUCCUACAGUGGUAGCAAAAUGAUUGUGAGAACCCUGUUUUGAUUUAGCAUAUUGUAACUUCUUUUUUCAAACGACUUCAAAAAGAUCUCUAUUUGAUUGUUUAUUACCUCGGAACUUCGUCAGUUAUAAACUAAUUUGGAAUUAUUUUUUUUUUAUUAGAAAGGAAAUACUUUCAGAUUGGUCCCAAAUUGUCCCAGAUUGGUUUCAUUUUUAAAUCAAAACACUACACUACAUUUUAAGUCAGUGUUUUUUGAAACACAAUUUGAAAUAAUUAUAUCUUCUAUAGUUGAAUAUAUACUAUAUUUCACUUGAAUUUUUCAACUGUCAUUGUAAAUUUAUAUCUUUAUGGUGCAAUAAAGAGUUAAAUAAAUAAAUAAAUAUAGGGAGGUCUAAUUAAUUUUUCCAUACACUACCUAUAUAACCACUUAUGCACAUUAGUUAUUUUAUUCUCAAAAUAAUUCAUCAUCAUCUUCCUACCCUUAUCCCAAUCAUUUGCGGUCGGCGUAAUAUGAUUUUGUCCAUAUUACAAAAAGAUUUGGUUUUUAGUUUUACGACCGGCCACCUGCCUGACGUCAACCCUCUUCAAAAUAAUUGUGGUAUAUUUUUAAUAAUAACAUAUAAUUAAAUAUAUUAACUGUUUUUUUAAUAUAUCUCCGAAACCAUAUCUGGGUUCCAUUGCUAGAAUGGAGUAAAACAUGUUUGAGUCUAUUACUUUUAUGAGUAUUUUUUUUUUAUUUUAAUCAAUCUAUGGUUUACAAAAACGCACACACACGAGCCACAACUAAUAUGUGAAUAGUAUAGAAUGAAAUAAAAUAGUAGCAUUAAAGUUAUUCGUAUUGUAGUUCUCUUCAUCCAGAACGUCAUAUUCAUUCCAAUUCAGUAUUCAUUACUAAGUUAAUUUUAUAUUUUAAUUAUUAUUAUAUAAUUUCAUUUAAAUUAUUAAUUAUAUAGUUGAAUUCCAUCGAUUUUUAUUUCAUUAAUUUAUACUUUUUAAAUAAAUAGCCUUAAUAAUAAGUCCAAUGAUUCUAUUAUUUAUUUCAUUCAAUUUGUGUUCUCAUUUCUCAACGAGUAAUGUUACCUUAAGUUUAAUAAUUUAACUUUUUAAAAAUAAUAUUAUGCCAAAUUAAUAUGUUCUUUUUUUUACGUAAUAAUAAUUAAUAAGUAUCUAUUUUAACAAUACUUAAUCACGUUGUAAUUAUGUCUUAUUGUAUUAUUACAUUCAUGGAAUGAUUAAGUAGGUAUUUUAAUUUAAAAUAAUUAUAAAAUGAUGCUUUCACUAUUAUUUUAAUGUAAACAUUAUAUAGCGUAAUGUAUAUUUAAUACCAAUAUUGAAUUAGCAAUACACGAGUGUAGAGAUGUAAAUAAAAAUUAUAUUGAUCUUAGUAAGCAGCAUUUUAAUAUCAUAGUGUUUUGUUUUUUUUUUUCUUUUACACAGAGCCUAUUGUGCAGAAAGAUGCAAUGUGAUAUGGAUAUUUCGGAUAAUAUGGCCUAUUUCUGCAUAACUAGCUCUUAGUUUAUUUUUUCUGAAUACGCAGUGGUAGAUUAACAGUACUUUUUUGUACGCAAUGAAAUGUAUUCUGUGUAUUGUAUGCUGCCAGUGACAAUUGAGAUUUUAGUAGUAAUGAAUGUAAAAGAACUGUAUUGGAAUUUUGAAAAUGGAAGUCUAUUUAAUUGUCAUAAUUGCUACUUCUUCAAGAUCAGACGUUUUGUAGAAUUUGUAUGUUUAAUAAUUUUUUUUCUGUUUUUUUUUUCAUGACUUAUCAGUUACGCCAUGGAAUAGGAUUCAACGUAUAAUUUCGACCAAUUAACUUGCUUAUUAAAUAAAAAAUUGCAACAUCUUCAAUAUAAAAAAAAAAGAUAAAUAUAAGUUAUGGUCGAAAAAGGGAUAAGAUGAACAUUUUUUUGUAUUUUCCCGCCGCUGACUAAAUGUUCAAUACAGCAUACUCAUUCAUUCAUCCAAUAAGAAUUGUAUAAUAAAUAAAUAGUAAAGAAUUAGCAGCAAAUACAAAACAAACGAUUGAUAGUAAUACAGCACAUUAUACUGGCCACAGUUGUGAACCGCGCUCAUAAAUAAGAGCUCCUAUUGAAUUCGAAACUAGUCUGGCAUUCCCGAGUUUAAAAUGUCAGUGAAGCAGAUAUAAAUAAUUAUCUUAUGUUAAUUUAUUCACUGCAAUGACUUAGUUAUUAAUUUACAUGGUUUUUUUCAAAUAUAAAUAUGCAAUUUGUAAGAUCGUAUUUAUUUGUUAUUAAUUCGCGUAUAUAGUGAUAACAAUAUGAUUAUUAUUUGGUACAAAUAUUUAGUUUUAAUGUCUAAUGACAUUUUGCAAAGUAUUUUGUUUAUUUUGGAAUUUGAAACGGAGUUGGUGAAAGUUUUGUGAGGUGCUCUUACGGGGAUGCAAAAUUGCGCUCCCAUAUUCAGGUGCUCUCGGUGGGUUUUAAAUGGGAUUUAGUGCUCUGGAGCUAGUUCUAAUUUUAGUAUUGCCGUCUCUAAAAUUAGAGAAAUUUAAAGAUAGGUUUGUGGAAUGAAAAUUCAGAUUUUAUCCUCUCGUUCAUAGAUGGCGUGACCAUCAAUGGUCUAAGAAACAAAAGUGUCUUAAUCAGUUUUCAAACUUUUUCCCCCUUUUAUUAUCGUAUAUUUUAUAGUAUGUAAAAAAGAAAAAAAAGGUUUCUUACAAACGGACGAUAGAAUAAAAAAUUACAACCAUGUACAUUGACAUUAUGACAGCAAAAUUUUUUUUAUUUUUACUGAACUGCACGCGCAAUUAUUAGUGGUUUAUUAUGAUCACAAUAAAAUCACCUUAAGGAAUGUCUCGCGUCGGGCUUAAAGCCCGGACAAACGGGCAGCAGACAGAUCUAAAUGUAAGGGAUAUUUUGUCUGUGUAGGCCAUAACUUUAUCCGGGAUGACUAUUAAGCAUUGGUGUAUUUAAAGGGGAAAGGGGAAGGGCUGGCGUACCCAUUCCAGAAUUGCCUGGUACCCUCACUAGAAUCAGAAGCGAAAUUUUUAACUUUAAUCAAGGACAUGUCUAGGUGUAAUACAAUAUUUGCUUUCUUUAAUGCCGACCCCGAUUAUAAUGUAAAAUACGCUGAUACCGCUGAGCCUGUGUUUCUUGCUGUGCUCCUAGCCUGAGGCUACGGUAACCGCUUACCAUCAGGUGGGCCGUAUGCUUGUUUGCCACCUCAGUGGUAUAAAAAAAACCAUAAAUUAUCACCCGUUUGUAAGUUACCGAAAUACCUACUCAACACCAGAGCACAUAAGUGUACAUACAAGUUCCAAUAAAACAAAUUAAUUUGUAAGCUGUGAAAUUAUUUCAUCAAUUUAGAUACAGCACUGCAAUUGUAAUUUAAGUUAUCGAUUGAUAAAAAGAAAUAAAAAUAUAUGAUGUUAACAUA